AUGUCUAGCGUCCGUACUCUCAAGCGUGGCGUCGACCUCGUCGCCGCGAGGGCCGCUGCCCUCCAUGCUCCCCGCGCCUCUAUCGGCUCCACUAUGCUGCGGAGGGAGCUCUCCUCCGCGGCCAUCGUUCGCCCAACUGCCCCUCGGUCAUUGAGAUCUAAGGCUCCAAUUGCAGUCGCAGCAUCACGGGCUGCUAAUCAGGCUGUGCGCUACGCUUCCAGCUCCAAUGAGUCUCUUAGCAAGACUCAGCUCUAUGAUCUCCAUAUCCAGCGCGGGGCUAAGAUGGUCCCCUUCGCCGGGUUUGAUAUGCCGCUCGUCUACUCCGAUAUGAGCCAUGUGGAGAGCCACAUGUGGACGCGCGAGAAGGCCAGUCUUUUCGAUGUCAGCCAUAUGGUGCAGCACCACCUGAGCGGCCCCGGAGCCAUUGAUCUGCUAAAGAAGGUUACUCCCUCUUCGGUCGACAAGCUGGCUCCUAACAGCUCCACCCUGUCCUGUUUGUUGGAAGAAGGCACCGGUGGAAUUGUCGACGACUGUGUCAUCACCCGCCGCACAGAGGACACUUUCUACUUCGUGACCAACGCCGGCCGCCGUACCGAGGACCUGGCCUAUCUGACCGCCGAGAUCGAAGCCUACCGUUCCCAGCACGGUGCCGACAGCAUUAAGUGGGACAUCCUUGAAGACCGCGCGCUGGUCGCGCUGCAGGGCCCCCUCGCCGCCUCCGUCCUUCAACCUCUCAUCCACACAGCCAAUGCCUCAUCCGCCGAGACCGACCUGAGCACCCUCUACUUCGGCAACUGUCGCGAGCUGCACCUCACUCUCCCCGACGGCACCCCAACCCCCAACCCUCUCCUCAUCUCUCGCACGGGCUACACUGGCGAAGACGGCUUCGAGAUCUCCAUCCCGACAUCCGGAGCCCCCAAACUCGCCGAGCAGGUCACUGAGCUCCUCCUCGCAGACAGCAGCAAGUCUCGUCUCGCCGGCCUCGCCGCCCGCGACUCCCUCCGCCUGGAAGCCGGCAUGUGUCUCUACGGCCACGACAUCACCACAGCACAGACACCACCCGCGGCCGCCCUCGGCUGGAUUGUCAGCCGUGACCGCCGAGACCCCGCAACAGCCACCUUCAACGGCGCAUCCGUCAUCCUCUCCCAGAUCGCCAGUCCCAAGAGCAUUGCUCAGCGCCGCGUCGGUCUAACCAUCGAGAAAGGUCCCCCAGCCCGUGAGGGCGCUAUUGUAGUUGAUAUCGCUGACCCCGCCAACCCCGUUGAAGUCGGCGUUGUCACCUCCGGUCUGCCCAGCCCCUCGCUUGGCGGUGCCAAUAUUGCUAUGGUUUAUGUCAACACUGGGUAUCAUAAGAAGGGUACCGAACUUGGCGUUAAGGUCCGUAACAAGGUCCGCAAGGCUAAGGUUGUUGGUAUGCCUUGGGUUGAGAGCAAAUUCCACCGUCCUCCUCAGUAA